UCCAUAGUUGACACUAGAAGGCAAAUUUGUUGCGUUAGAUCUUUUCUCAUGUGUUGUUAGAUAUUCAAAUCUAAAGGAGAUUCGAUUUUUCAGAAAAAAAAUAUAUUGUAACUCAAAACGAUUCUUGAAAAGUUUCGUUGUGUCAGUUCAUGUGGAAUUUUAUUAUUUCUCUGGUUUAUUCUAAAAAUAAUUUCAUUUCACAGUUCCCAAAACGUUGUGAAUGGUAGAAAGCAUUCUGUAUGAGUGGCAUCACCUAACAUAAGUAGAAGCUUGUGGUGUUUAUCACAAGUCUGGCAACUCUGGUGACAUUCGCGGCAUUUUAUUUUGUGAAAUUGACUGAAGCCAUCAUGGAGGAUUUCGAGAAAAUUGAAAAAAUCGGUGAAGGCACCUAUGGUGUAGUUUAUAAAGGCCGUAACCGUUUAACGGGCCAAAUUGUUGCUAUGAAAAAAAUAAGAUUGGAGGCAGAUGACGAAGGUGUUCCAUCCACAGCCAUAAGAGAAAUAUCGCUAUUGAAAGAAUUGAAGCAUCCCAAUAUAGUAUGUUUGGAAGAUGUUUUAAUGGAGGAAAACCGCAUAUACUUGAUAUUUGAAUUUCUGUCAAUGGAUCUGAAAAAAUACAUGGAUUCCUUGCCGCCCGAGAAGCAUCUCGAUAGUCAAUUAGUUCGAAGCUAUUUGUAUCAGAUAACAAAUGCCAUUUUAUUUUGCCAUCGUCGUCGAGUACUGCAUCGUGACUUGAAACCCCAAAAUCUCCUGAUUGACAAAAAUGGCAUUAUUAAAGUAGCUGACUUUGGCCUCGGAAGAUCCUUUGGAAUUCCAGUACGAAUUUAUACACAUGAAAUUGUGACUUUGUGGUACAGAGCCCCAGAAGUAUUGUUGGGCUCUCCCAGAUAUUCGUGUCCUGUUGACAUUUGGUCAAUAGGAUGUAUUUUUGCUGAGAUGGCUACUCGGAAGCCGCUGUUUCAAGGCGAUUCUGAGAUAGAUCAACUAUUUCGAAUGUUCAGAAUUCUAAAAACUCCUACUGAAGAUAUUUGGCCAGGCGUAACUUCGCUUCCGGACUAUAAAAAUACGUUCCCAUGUUGGUCAACAAAUCAAUUAACCAACCAGCUGAAAAAUCUUGAUGGUUAUGGUGUGGAUCUUAUUCAAAAGAUGCUGAUUUAUGAUCCAGUGCAUAGAAUUUCUGCUAAAGACAUAUUGGAACAUGAAUAUUUUAAUGGCUUUACAUUUGAUGGAUAAUGGUUACUGCAAAUUGAUUUAAGAUUCUUAGCAUUAAUACAGAUUUAAUAUUCUGAAUAAGUAAUUUCUUGAUUUUCAUAUCAAUAAUUCAGAGUG